GCGCAUUUGCCCAAACAGUUGAGUUUCGACAUUGCCAGCAUUCGCGCGUUUGCCUUAAAAAUAUUUUGGAAGCAAGUCCAAGGAAACACUAAUUAUUUUUUUCGGCGAUUUUGAUACAUUUUAUAACUAAAUAGCCAGCAUGUCCGAGGCAGCAAAUGGAAGUCCAUCGCCCGCCCCUGAGGCUCCGGCAGCAGAAUUGGCCCAACUGGCUCUUGAGGAUGAGACGCCCAAGGUCAGCUUCGCGGAUCAGUUCAAGGCCUUCUCAAAGUUCGGAGACACCAAGUCCGAUGGCAAGCUGAUCACGCUCUCCCAGAGCGACAAGUGGAUGAAGCAGGCCAAAGUGAUCGACAAGAAGAUCACCACCACGGAUACGGGAAUCCAUUUCAAGAAGUUCAAAGCCAUGAAGAUCUCGCUGGCGGACUAUAACAAAUUCCUUGAUGAUUUGGCCAAGACGAAAAAGGUUGAGCUGGCGGAGAUCAAGCAGAAGUUGGCGGGCUGUGGAGCUCCAGGAGUGGCUUCCGUUUCGGCUGGCAAGGCAGCUGCUGCUGUGGAUCGGUUAACGGACACCAGCAAGUACACCGGUUCCCACAAGGAGCGCUUUGAUGCCACCGGUAAGGGCAAGGGUAUUGCCGGACGCCGCAACCUGGUUGAUGACUCCGGCUAUGUGAGUGGCUACCAGCACAAGGACACCUACGAUGGCGCCCACUAAAUGGUCUCCCACCUGAAACCGCCCACAAUCACCCCCUCUUGAAGAACACUCCUUUUUAGAACCUUUUGUGUUUCCUUAGUUUGUGUUUCCCCAAUUAUUUCGGUAGCUACAAUUAUUUAUCGUAAUUACUUUUUGUAUAUAAUCUAAGUUUGUGAUAAUUUAAGUGCUUACAAAUAAAUUCAUGUAUUUUGAAUA